GAAUAUUAAUAAUUGCAGUACUUCUAUUAUUAACUGUAAAUGUUAUGUUUACAGGCUGUGAGCUGGUGAAGAAGACAGUGGUAGAGCGUGUAACUGUGUUCACAGGAGAGUCUGUAGUUCUGCCCUGUGUCUGCACUGACCUACAGGACAAACCAAAGUCUGUAAAAUGGCAGUUUAAUAGAAUCAAUGACUUUCAGGAAAUUUACCCUGAACAGACUGGACGUCACAGAAACAGAGUCAAACUGGUCAGUAACAACGCUCCAGGAAACCUCUCUCUACUCAUAUCAGACCUGACUGAAGAGGACCAGGGAGAGUACACAUGUUCUGUACAGGAUGAUAGAACAUAUUUCAGAUUAUCUGUUAAAGGUACAGUUUUUCAUUAAUGACUGUGAGCAGGCUUUACUCCAGUGUCAUGUGCCAUAUUACUAACAGUGAUAAAAACAGUCAUUAGUUUUAAUAAGUUUUGUCUUUUCAGUAGGAAGAAGAGAAACUUCAACACACUCGAGGAAAACAGACACAACACGUCCAUCAGAACCGCCUCAGAGAGGAAGAUGUGGAGAGGACGUGAUUACUGAAGGACAUCAGGACUGUGAGGGAAAACUGGAGGAUCGGGUUAGUACACGUAAAAUAACAGUUAUUACAGAUAACACACAUGUAACACACAUGCUCUCAUUGAACAGUGAGUUAUAGGAAAAUAUCUUCUGCUGCUUCUAUCAGAACAACACAUGGUGUAAAGAAAGAAGUCAGAUUUGGAGAUUUUUGUCGUCUUUACAGGAUUUUACUUGCUUCUUAGAGUCAACAGCCACAGUAUUGUCACUGUUUGUGUGUUAUAUGUGUAAUUUUCAUGUUCUGUCUUUCCACAGACUGAACCUGACGUUGUCACUUUCUGUACUAAAUAACACAUGAACACAGCCGGAGCAGCACGAGUUCAGAUCAACACUGGAGAGAAAUCUGAAUAUAGCAGCAUUAUAAUAAUCUAAUCCAAAAAUAAAUAUAGACACAUUCUCAGAUAUUAUAGAAUAAUGCUGAAAACAUAUAUUAAAUACACACCAUGGCCUAGCGCAAGACUCACUCUGUUGGAUUUAUUGUAUGUAUGUGAAAUUUUGCUAUUUAAAAAAUCAGAUUCAGACAUAUAAAUGUGUGUGUGUGUGUAUGUGUGUGUAUGUGUGUGUGUGUGUGUGUGUGUGUGUGUGUUUGGUGGGUUCCAGAUAAUUGUAUUCUCUUCAACUUCAUUUAUAUUAGCUAAGGGUAUUGUUCUGCAUUCACUUUGUCUAUCAAUCAUUAAAAACUGCUGAUGGAUAAUCUUGCAAAUUAUAUUUUGAAUGUACGUGUUAUUUUAUAUCUUAUAUGUACCAUUCUUACGUAUAUGAGAUUAAAAAAUAAAUGCUCUAGGAGGCUUUUGCAUAAAUAGACUGCUAUAGAAGUUCUUGUUUGUGACUUUUUAAAACUUUGAGUAAGAAUAAAAAAGGAGGAUUGUUGAAUCUGCCUGAACUGAACGUGUAUUUCUAUUCUUUCCCCCUAACACUCCUUACAAUUUGUUCACUUUUUUCACAAUUGUUUACAUGCUUUUAUUAAUAAUGCAUUUACUGAAAAGUGAUGUGCUUCAUUUACAUGAUUCAAAUGUGUACAGCAUAUUCACAGAAUAAAAUAAUUACAUCAAUACAAUUAUUUGCAAAAGAAUGUAAACUGAAAGAGUGAAAUUGUGUUGGUGUAAUAUAUAUUUUGUUCAUGCAGGAAUGAAGAAAUCAUUUGAAAAGUGGAUCACUUUUUUUCAGUGCUUGAUUGAUGUUGUACUUGCAUAUGUGAGUCUAUAUGUGUAGUGAAAAUACAUACUUAUACCACAGCGAUGUAGAAUCCUCGAUUCUGAUUGGCUGACAGACAUUCUGAUGCGUGCAAUUAUUUUUCAGUAAAUGCACAGCUAAAGUAGUUCCAGUCAGGUCUUGACCGCAUUACAGUUCCAUAUCACUUCGCCAAGUUCACUGAAGUAACGGAAAAGUUAGCCUACUGUCCACCACAGCACACACAUUUAACAACAAACAAAAUGACAGAAAAUAUCGAUUCUCCACAAAUAAGUAAUAAUUGAUGAUGAACCAUUGAAUUAUUGUAAAAAUAAUGUGCACCAGAGGUGGUAAUGCGGCCACGAGGCGAAGAGGAGGAUUGAGCCAUUGACAUGCAGUUAUUGGGGGGAGAGAGAGAGAGAAUCUUUAUUUAUUUAUUUAUUUGUUUUAUUUUCUGCAGUAAUAAAAAAACGAACAAACCCUGUGAACAAGUAGGCUUAUCGAUAUUUAUUCCUUUAUUUAUUUAUUUGUUCUAUUUUUAUAUAAUCAUGUCUCUCUUUCUUUCUCUCUCUCUCACGCUCUCCAAUAACUUCAAAUAAAUGGCUCAAUCCAAGGGGGGGGAGGGGGGGCAAAUUGUUUUCAAGAAAAAAAAAACAGACUCUGUGUAUUUUAUUGCUUUUCUAAUAGAAUGUACAUAAAUGAAAAACCCCGCUUUCCCUUUCCCUCUGUAUUUUUUUUUCUGGGGAGAGGCGAAGCGCCUAACGACAAAUCUAGCGACUUUUUGGUGGAGCUGUGUGGCUCACAUAAUGACAAAAACACUUUUUAUUUUGAAUGAAAUGUUUUGGGUAAGUUUCUGCAUUCUGCAGACAUGCAAUAGAGUUCUGAUGUUCCAGCAAACAGUUGUGACUAUUGAACGUACAGUUUAGAGGAUGUUAAGACUGUUUUGUGCCAACGCGAUUGAGAACAAGUGUAAUUAUCAUUUUGAUACACAGUAUAUUUUAAAAAGCUGAUUACUUUGUAAUUUGACUCAAUUAUACAUAAAUGUGCCACUGUGCAGUGACAAAAGAAAAUCUUGUUCAGAUUAGACAACAGUAUGAGGGUGGGAAAAUGAUUUUUGACUGAACUAAUUGUUUGAAAUUUUUUUUUAUUUGAACACACAUUGUAAAGAAAUCUUGGAAUAAUAGUUCUAAAUGGUUUUGUUUUACCUUUUUAUAGAUGGGUAGCAAAAUGCCUCCAGCACCAGAAGAUUUGCCAUUACAUUCAAGAAACCACCUUCCUCCUACAAUUUCAUCUGGAACCUCAGCAAAUCCAAAAGAUGUUCAUGUUUUAAUACACAGGGUAAAGGGUGUAGAAGAUCUUUAGGCUGUGUUCAUGGAUAGCAGCAUAAUUCAGUCUACUCUGAAGAUGGAAUUUGUAAAUGAGAAUGCUGUAGAUGAUGCAGGAGUGUAUAGAGAAGUUUACACUGCAUUCUGGGAUCAGUUCCUUGAACAAUGUGAAGGGGAAGAUGAGCGUGUUCUAGACUGAGACCAGACUUCUGUGAAGCUGAAUGGGAGGCAGUAGGAAGGAUGUGGGUAAAAGGAUUACUUGACCUUGGUGUACUGCCACUGAGGCUUUCCAGUGCUUUCAUUUUAGCAUGCAUGCAUGGAAUUGGCUCAGUCAGUGAUGAUGUCCUGAUGUCAUCUUUCCACAACUACCUCUCUCUGACUGAACGAUCUGCCAUUGCAAAGGCUCAUCAUCACCCACUGGAGGAAUGUGAUGAAGAGGAUUUGUUUACCUCUUGAGAAGAAAGGGCUCUCAUUGCAUCCCUCCAAAAAACACCAUGGAAGUUGCCAUCCAAACGAUGGCUCAUAAAGCAAUUCUUCAUGAGCCCAAAUAUAUAAUAGAAUAUAUAUUCCUUGCGCAGAAACCCCCACCAGUACUCCAUCCUUUGGUUGGCCGUACUUGCACCAUCCAAAUAGCUGUCAAGAGUUUCAUCUGCAUGAUUGAUGUAAAGGAAACGCUGAUCCCCCCAACAACUCUUGGGCAUCCUCCCAAACGCUUCACCGCUUCAAUAUAGUAACUGCCUAUUAGCUUUGGAUCGCUACUAGUUGUGUAUGCAUUAAGCCAGAUAAUCUUCCUCGAAAAGCCGUCAAUGCAACCAUUAAUACAAAUGCCAUAUGGUUUUAACUUAUCGUAUGAGUCCAAAUGCCAAAUCAUGUUGGGUCCCUUAGAAAAGUAGUUGUGCCGUCUGAGACGUCUGGCUCUCCUCACUGUAACUCCUGUAGGGUCCAGUUCCUUCAGCACCAAGCGCACAUCCUCUUGUCUCACACACAGACCCUUCUCUCUGCAUCUGGCGUACAUCUAUCGGUACCCAUGAAGUUGCCUAGAGGACUGCAGCUGAUUACGGAUGCAUGAAAGAAAAAUCGGAAGUAAACAAACACUCUCGUGGCCGCGAGUACAGGGCGUUGCACAGCUCAGUGAAGCACUCUUCCUCACCAUGUUAUACAUCUACCUCAACUACGAGCUCCAGCAACCAAAUUCCUGAAGCCCCAACCAAAGAGCGGCCUGAGUGGAGGAAGAGCCAGAGUAAAGAGUCUAAACGUCCAGCAUCCUACUACUGCCACGCUGCCAUCUUGGAUUACUCAGUGACCAAGAGAAGAUUUGAACAGGCCGACGUUGGCAGCCGAGAGAGAAAGGAGUUAUUGAAGACGGGGCACAGGAAGUCAAAUGAAGCGCGUAUCUCGGAAUGGAAACCCCAAAAAAUCUAGUUAUAUAUUUAUUAAUUAGAAAACUUGGUUCAGGGUGGGUUUCUUUUUUUUCAGAAAACUGUUUUAGUGUAUUUUUAUUUUGCAUUUUGGACAGUUUUUCCAUCGCUCUAGUACUACAACACGACUACUAUUGAUAUAAAGAGAAAAAAUAUGUAAACUUGAUCAUUCAGAUUUAAACAGUAUUUGAUUUUUGACGGCAAGGAGAUCGGGUUUAACUGGUUAAGUAACUCUUUCUGUGCUGCAGCUCUGGGGUUCCCGACGCUGCUGGUUCCCUGGGUGGUUCUACAGGAGCCGGACUCGUUAAAAAGCAGGAAACUGUCAAAGGCCAGCUGUGGACUACAUCUACACCUCCCUGAAGAACCAGGAGCCGCGUCUCUGGAGCCAGUCCAUGCAGCAAGUGUCUCACGCUGACUGUGAGCUGCUGAUUUUGUGUGUUUUGUGGGUUUUUCAUUUGUUCUUUGUAUGAAUGCAUGCAGCAGCUCACCAGGUGAUGGCACUGUUUGUUAACAUUGUUUCAGGCAGGCUGAACGUGGAGGAUAAUGACGAUCUGGUGCUGCAGUGCUGUCUCCAGUACAAGACGUUGUAUCCAGAGGGCACUAUCAUGCUGUGCACGCAAGCCGUACGUUCAAGACUCAGAAUUGUUCAGGCAUCUUUAGGAGGACAUCUUUGGGGGUCACAUCUGGAAUUGUUUGCUAAUUGAACAAAAGACCUUGUUUUCAUCUUCUGAUUUGCUCACAGUGGCCUGCUGGACACCUUUGGAUAUUUGAAUAGUGUUUUUAACAAUAAACAAUGUCACAAUACACAAUAAUCUGUUACGAGCAUUUACAUUUUUAAUGAGUGAGAGAGAGGGAGAGUUAUUAACUGUUUAAUGUUUAAUUGUUAAUGGAAUAAGUAAAAAUAAAUAAAUAAAUAAAAUGGACUUGAUUGAGGUAUUAACACAACAUAUCUGGUGUAACUUUAGUAAUAAUAUGGGACGUCACAAAUGUUUUAUUUAGCUCUGUUUAUGUUUAAAUAGCAGCCCUGAUAUCGGAUAGUGCUGUUAUAAUUCAAUAUAUUCUAAAAAGUCAAACAGUCCUGAAGCAUAUUAUGAAGAAGAGUCCUGGGAUAGUCUGAUCUAAGUAUGAGUCCAGCAGUUCUUAGGUACAAAUGUACAAAGGUGAGAUUAUCCACUGAGAUUACCCUGAGGUUUAACUCUAAACUGUUUUUGGUUCUUUUUUGUUUUUGAGUUUUUCUUUCAUCGUUUCCAUUAUUUUAUAGCAACAAUAAGAACCUGUGCAGUAAAGCUCUGCUGAGCGGAGUCAAGGCCCUGAUUAAUGGGCGUUCCCUAAAGUGGUUCUCCUCCUAUUUAUAUAGGAGAACCUUUGCUGUGGAAUUAGUGAGCUCUAUUUCCUGCUCUCAGCCUAUCUCAUCUGGGGUUCCUCGAGGUUCUUGUCUUGGCCCUGUGCUGUUUUCUCUAUAUAUGCUCCCUUUGGGAUUAAACUCUCAAACACAGUGUAGCAUAUCAUUGUUAUGUAGACCAUACCCAGUUGUAUCUGCCUCUGAAAUGUAAUGAUAACUCCAAACUGUCAUGUAUCAGGAAACUCUGGACUCGAGUUCCCAUCAGACACUGCACUGCACUAAAUGUCACAUGACCACCUGCAUCUGAUUCACGUUUCUGUUAAUGAGCAUUCUUGUGUGUAUAUAGCCACUGUCUGCACUGUUUCUCUGUCUUUCGUUGUCUUAGACUUCCGUGUUCCGUGCCACUGCAUUUUGUUUCGUGCCAUAGUGUUUUGCCUAGUUGUCUUAGUGUCUUUGUUUUGUUGUGUAUUUGUUUAAUAAAUGUUCUUAUCUGCGAUUGCUUCCGAACCCAUCCUUGAUUUGUGACACAAACUUGCAUCUCUGCUUGAUUAUAUGGAUGAAAUAAAGGUGUGGAUGGCAUCCAGUUUUUUGCAGCUUAAUGAGUCAAAAUCUGAAAUGGUGUUUUUCGGUCCAUCAAAGUUAGCCAGACAGCUUUCUCUACAUCUGGGCCCUUUAGCCACCAAUGUUAGGAAUGUUAGGUGAGGAACCCUGGUGUGAUUUUUGAUUCUGAGGUGAAAUGUGAAAAACAAAUACAUUUUCCAAGGAUCCUUUCUCAUAGUAUGAAUUUCUUCCUUGGUUCCUCUGAUUUUCUGUACACACCUGUCUUGUCUUUCCCCUGAUUGGUUCUCAUAUGUAAGUUCUGUGUUUUCCCUCCUUAGUAGAAUUUGUUUCUGAGUAGUUAUUAUCUGAUGUAUUCUGCAUGCUAGAUUCUUGUUUUGUACCCUUUCUAAUUUUCUGGUGUUUGUUUUUUUUUUAUUAUUGUUUUUUUAAAUUAUUAUUUAUUUUUUUAAUCUUGUGAACAAAUGAACCUAAUUAUCUGUAGACCAGCUGUAGUAGCAGCUUUAUAGCACAAGAUGUCGCUAUUUAGCCGCUUAGCCAUAGCUCACUUCCGUCUACUGGUGUGUGGGACUCGGGCCAUCAGGUUUCCUAGGGGUCAUCUAACAAUCUUCACUUGAUAUCAUAAAGUAUAGAAACAUUAAUGCGAGGAGAAACUUUACACAUUCAAAACACUUAGAUUAAUUUAUAAUGCAUUCAUUUGUUUAUUUAGGUAAAAUUUCAUCUAAAGAAAAGGCUACAAGCAAGCAUUAAGAAAAUGAUCCCUAAGAAAGAUAACAAUGCUGAUACUAUGAAGUAAGAUAAAACCACCACAUGGGAUCAAAUAUCUCAAUUUUAUUUUAUUUUUUUAGAAUAAAUAUUAAUGCUGCAUAUAAAAAGUAAAUUGAGUCAUGGAAAGAGUGAUGAAAUCACUCUUCAAAAAUAAAAAAUGAGACAGCGGUUGUUGUGGUUUCCUGAUAAUCACACUAUAUAACAGAGAGACACUCAGGCAGUGUGAGUGUGUGUGUGUGUUGUCACUUUGAGGGACUGGUGUGUGUGCAGAAGAAUCAGUAAUGAUGAAGUGCUUGUAUCUUUUGUCUGCUGUGUUUCACGUCGCUGCAGGCUGUUCUCUCUCUGGUGAAAAACAGACAGAAAUCACAGGACACACAGGUGGUUCAGUGCUGUUCCCCUGCUCCUGCUCUGACCUGCACACCAAACCUCAGAAAUUCACCUGGGGGACCUUCAGAACAGGACGUCUGACAGAAGUGUUAAAUGAUGAACACUACCGUGGCAGACUUCAGCUGUUUAAUCACAUUUCUCCUGCUAAUCUGUCUCUGCUCAUAUCUGACCUGAGAGAAGAGGAUCAGAGAUCCUACAGGUGCAGCACUGAGAAGGAACACAGAGAGGUCUGGCUUAAGGUUAAAGGCUGUGAGCUGGUGAAGAAGACAGUGGUAGAGGGUGUGACUGGGUUCACAGGAGAGUCUGUAGUUCUGCCCUGCGUCUGCACUGACCUACAGGACAAACCAAAGUCUGUAAAAUGGCAGUUUAAUAGAAUCAAUCACUUUCAGGAAAUUUACCCUGAACAGACUGGACGUCACAGAAACAGAGUCAAACUGGUCAGUAACAACGCUCCAGGAAACCUCUCUCUACUCAUAUCAGACCUGACUGAAGAGGACCAUGGACUCUACAGAUGUUCUGUACAGGACGAUAACAGAGAUGUCAGAUUAUCUGUUAAAGUAGGAAGAAGAGAAACUUCAACACACUCGAGGAAAACAGACACAACACCUCCAUCAGAACCGCCUCAGAGUAAAACAACAAACUCUCCACCUGCAUCAUCCUCAACAACACUGGAACAAGAUAAACAGCAAACACACAGCAGCCUCCCUCUAGGUGCCAAAACUUUUCAUCAGCAAUGAAAAAACACAUCUGUAUUAUUACAUUUAUUUGUUAGUACAUACUGUUUUACAUUCUCUUUGU